UCACCGACACCCAAAUAAAAACAAUAACUAUAAAAAUAUAUUGUUUUUGUCAAAUUUUCUUGGCUUUAUAACUUGAAAGUUGUUUGAUUUUGCUAAUUUGUAAAUUAAAGGGUGGGCCGUGGGCAAUUUAGUCAUUUAAUAUAAUAUAUUAUAGAUUAUACACUACUCCAUAUGUUGUAAAUUAAGAUAUACAUAUACGGUCAUUGCCUUAAAAGCCAAACAGCAAAAUAAAGAAGCAAGCUAAGCUAUAAAGUUGUAUAUUCUGAGGAUCAAGGAAUUCGGUAAUAUAUAAUGACAACACCGAAACAGCAGCAGCAACAACAAGAAGCAGCUACACAACAAGUGUUGAUGAAGACGAAAAGUUCAGGAACAAUGAGUUUCAUGGGAAGUCCUACGACUGAGGACAAGGAUGAAGAUAUGUCGAGGUCUGUGUUAUCUGCGUUUCAAGCCAAAGAAGAAGAGAUCGAGAAGAAGAAGAUGGAGGUUAAGGCACGCGUUCAGCUUUACUUAGGCCGUGUUGAGGAGGAAACUAAGCGCCUUGCUGAUAUUCGCGAGGAACUUGAAGCUUUAGAUGACCCAAAGAGGAAGGAGGUUGCAUAUGUUCGAAAGAGGAUUGAUACAAUCAACAAGGAGCUUAGGCCACUUGGAUUUACAUGCCAGAAGAAGGAACGUGAGUACAAAGAAGCCCUUGAAGCCUUCAAUGAGAAAAGCAAGGAAAAAUCUCAAUGUGUUGCCAAAUUAAUGGAGUUGGUGAGUGAAAGUGAGACGUUGAGGUUCAAGAAGCUGGAGGAGCUGAGCAAACACAUUGAAUCUCUUAAAUGAUUUAUUUAUUUAUUUCUAAUUCACUAUCAUUAACUGCCUCAUGAUCAUUAGCACCUUUUUUUUUUUUUUCCUUUUUCUUUUUUGGGGUGUGCUUCACUAAAUUUGAUUUGCUUGAUUUUAUGUAUUUGUCAUUUUUUUUGUUUAUUUAGAAUUUGUAAUUGAUAUUAUUGACAAGUUCUCCAAAAUUUGGAGAGAGAGAGAAAGAAGAAGAAGAAAACAACUAUACUCUAGUUGGGGGAAGGUCGAAACGAGGGAGUUUGAUUUGUUAGCUUGACAUUAUAGAGAAGUUUGUUUAAUGUAGACAUUGGUUUUUCGAUUAAUCAUGUUUCUGAAAAGAAAUUGAUACCUUCCUACUCUGUAUUGUAUAGUAGGAGGGUUAACCUGGAUAUUGGAGUGUUCAAAUGUGAAUAACGUGUAUUAUAAGUACGGAUUAAUAUUUCUGUUGAGAUUUGAGAGAUAUUUUAAACAAAUUUGUGUAUUAUGGAA